CACACGCUUUGACAUGUUCUUACUCUCUUCCUCUGCUUCCUUACUCCAUUUCUUUCAACACACUCUUUGUGUCUUCUUAUUCUUCUAAUCAGUAAUCACUCUCUUCUUUUCUUCCAUUUAAGAGCUGCUCUUAGCAUAGUGUUGCUAACUUUGUGUUACUUUUUUUUGUUAUUACCAUAUUACCCCUAUGCUAGAAGACAUAGAGACAUGGUAACUGUGACAUUUUUUUUUCUCUGUUCUAGCUUUUGGAAUUUUUGUGCAAAAGUCUUAGAAAUGAAGUACUGAUCACGGACACUGCUUAAAGUUUGAAGCUUUACAAGCUUUUAAAGAUACCCACCAAAGCAUUUGGAGCCAUAUCACUCACAAAAGAAACAGAAUCAAAGAUGGGACACAAAAGGAGCCCAUGUUCUGUUGACCAAAGCAGUUAUACUUCUAUUGAAUCUAAAAGGCAAAAGGCUAAUGAUUUAUCAAUCACCACAAAGGAGAGGAAGGAGAAGCUUAGUGAACGAAUCGUUGCAUUGCAGCAGCUUGUUUCACCAUAUGGCAAGACAGAUACAUCUUCUGUCUUAGAGGAAGCAAUGCAAUACAUAGGUUUCCUUCAUAAACAAGUUAAGCUUCUUAGUGCCCCGUACCUCGAGAGUUCGGCGGCAACCAAGGAUCCGGGUCUGGAGCCAUGCAGCCUGAGGAGCAGAGGGUUAUGUCUUGUUCCUGUCUCACUAACAAUUGGAGUUGCUGAGAGCAAUGGUGCAGAUAUCUGGGCUCCCAUCAAGACCACCACCUCGCCGCCGAAAUUUGAGAAGGAGGCCGCCCAAUUUCAGUCAUAAAUUUGGUCAGCUAAGCAGCCUAAAGGAGGUUGUAAAUUGCUAUGCUCCCUAUGUCAGUCUAGGUGGAAUCAUGGUAGCUAUAAUAUAUAAUAUAUAGUUAAAGUAUUAAAAGAAAAAAACUUGGUCAAGCAGCUGCUCCAUGCCUUGAAGAUUUUAAGCGGGUGAUGGGGUAUAAGCUUUUUAAUUUAAGGCAUAUAUAUGUAAUCCUUAAUUCACUAUGCCGAUUAGUUAAGUGUAUAUUUGAAAGUUCUAGCUGUAUAAUAAUUAUUCCAUGUACUGAUUAGCUUAAUGAAAGUCUUCCCUAGAUUCAAUGGAAGGUAAAAAUAUAUAAUAUUGUGUGUUCGUGUA